AUGCAGCGGGCGGGGGCGGAGGAGGCGGCGGGGUCGCAGGCGGCGGCGGGGGGAGCCGGGCGGAGCGGGGCUGGGCUGGCGGCGGCGGCCCCGGCCGGGCGGCUCCUGAAACGGGAGCUCCGGCUGCUCGAGUCCAUCUUUCACCGCGGCCACGAGCGGUUCCGUAUCGGCAGCGCCUGCCCGGACGAGAUCAGCUGCGAGUUCGUGCCGGGGGCGGGCGCCAGGGCCGGGGGUUCCGCUUCCCGGGGGCCGCCGCCGGGUCCCGUCCGCAUCCACUGCAACAUCACGGAGUCUUAUCCAGCUGUUCCCCCCAUCUGGUCCGUGGAGUCGGAUGAUCCCAACCUGGCAGCUAUCCUGGAGAGGCUGGUGGAAGUCAGGAAAGGAAAUACGCUGCUUCUGCAGCACCUGAAGCGAAUAAUUUCAGACCUGUGCAAACUCUACAACCUCCCCCAGCAUCCUGAUGUGGAAAUGUUGGACCAACCUCUGCCGGCAGAACAGAGCACGCAGGAAGAGGUGUCCUCUGAAGAGGAAGAUGAAGAGAUGCCAGAGGUGAGUGCUGUGUACCAGGCAGCUGUGAGAUGUCUGUUAGAGGUGCUGAGGCCCAGAGGUCGUGUUUGGGUGAAGCUGGAGGAGGCCAGGCAGGACAAGAGACCCAUGGGAGCCGGUUUAAAAUUGGUUUGAUUUCAGCAUUUUCCUGCCUUGCACCCAAAUCCUGGUCACCAAGCAGGAGUGUGGGGUUGGCAAAACACAAAGGACUGCAGCAGCGACUUCUGAGGGCAGGGAAACGAGCUGAGGUCAGAGCCCCUCAGAUGGGUUCUCGCUUUGUGCUGCCACGCUUUGCAAGUCUGAAAUUUCCUCACAAGUAAUUUGAUUUGUGGGAUGCGCGCGUGGGGCCGAGGCGCAGGGGAGCCACGGGGUGGAAAUGGGACUCGUGCAGAGAAGAUGAGGUGGGAUGGCUCGGCGUGCGAGGGAGAUAAUUGGCAGG